AGAAGCCUUCUGAGAUCAUCUGACUCCUCCUGACAAGCAGGCAGCCCCGGGGCUGAGUCAGGGCUCCAGCUGGUUAAGGCUGCCAGCUCAAGGCUUUCUUCCCGCACCUCGCUGGGUCCAUGCAGAGAUCACAGGAGACCCGUCCGGGGCCCCACGAAGCUCUGGGCUGAGGUCUGUGAAGUGCGAAGCUGUUGUCUGUACUCUGCUUUCAUCAUAAAGUCAUUUUGUCUUUCGCUGCCUGAAGUUCGGCUUCCCUCAGUUUUUCCCAGCCCCAAUCUCUCCCCAUGACCCCUGGACCUCGGAGCGAGCGCCCCACCUCAAAUCCCGAGACGCUCGUGCUGCCGGGAUGCUUCACUUAGGAAAGGAAAUUUCAGAGUUAACGACGGCGCGCUAGUUCACGUCGCGGGCCGGAGGUGGGAGCGCAAGGCAUUGUGGGUGCAUAGUUCAGCUAAAGCGUAAUCGGCUGGUAGGUCCCCAAGAGUGAACUACGAUUCCCAUGGUGCUCAGCGUCCAGCCGGCGCACGAAAUCUGAGCGUGUGGUCCCCUGGGAAUCGUAGUUUCAGCCGCGUGGAUACGGCCAGGAACCGAAUGGCAGAGAACUCGCCUUCCCGGCGACCCCUCUAGCAGGGCGGGGCGCCUCAUGAAGAUGGUGGCGCGCGCGGCGUGUGGCUCUGGUCUUCUGCCUAAGUCUGAGCGCAGCACACGGGCCGGCGUCUCGCUGGUCUGGAGCCCCCGCCCGCCGGGUCCCUGACCCCGCGCCCCCGCGCCCCGUGCGCCCUCCACCCCCGGUUCCCGGCAUGCCCCGCGCCCGUAAGGGCAACACGCCCCGCAAGGGCGGCCAGCGCCGUGGAGGAGGUGCCCGCAGCAGUGCCCAGGCUGACUCGGGGUCCAGUGAGGAUGAGGCAGCGAGUGAGGCCCGCAGCACCACCAGCGAGUGCCCCAGCCUCCUCAGCACCACAGCGGAAGACAGCCUCGGGGGGGACACUGUGGAUGAGCAGGGCCCGCAGGAGGACCUCGAGGAGAAGCUGAAGGAGUAUGUGGAUGGCCUCACAGACAAGAGUGCCAAGACGCGGCAAGGAGCGCUGGAGAGCCUGCGCCUGGCCCUGGCCUCCCGCCUGCUCCCCGACUUCCUGCUGGAACGCCGCUUCACGCUGGCCGAUGCCCUGGAAAAGUGCCUCAAGAAAGGGAAGGGCGAGGAACAGGCCCUGGCUGCCGCCGUGCUGGGCCUGCUCUGUGUGCAACUGGGCCCAGGCCCCAAGGGUGAGGAGCUGUUCCACAGCCUACAGCCCCUGCUGCUCUCCGUGCUCAGCGAUAGCACAGCCAGCCCCGCCGCCCGACUCCAUUGUGCUUCGGCUUUGGGCCUGGGCUGCUACGUCGCUGCUGCCGACGUGCAGGACCUGGUCUCUUGCCUUGCCUGCCUAGAAGGCGUUUUCAGCCGGUCCUGUGGCACGGGUAGCUCCACCAGUCACGUGGCCCCUGCCAGCCUGCAUGGUGUGUGUUGUGCUGCCCUGCAGGCCUGGGCAUUGCUACUCACCAUCUGCCCCAGUGCCCACAUCAGCCACAUCCUCGACAGGCAGCUGCCCCGGCUGCCUCAGCUCUUAUCCAGUGAGAGUGUGAACCUGCGGAUCGCUGCUGGCGAAACCAUCGCUCUGCUCUUUGAGCUCGCCCGGGACCUUGAGGAGGACUUUGUGUACGAGGACAUGGAGGCCCUCUGCAGCACCCUGCGCACUCUGGCCACCGACAGCAACAAGUACCGCGCCAAGGCCGACCGGCGGCGCCAGCGCUCCACCUUCCGCGCCGUGCUGCACUAUGUUGAGGGUGGCGAAUGCGAGGAGGAGACGGUCCGCUUCGGCCUCGAGGUGCUCUACGUGGACAGCUGGGCUCGGCACCGGGUCUACACCUCCUUCAAGGAAGCGCUGGGCUCGGGCCUGCACCACCACCUCCAGAACAACGAGCUGCUGCGGGACAUCUUUGGCCUGGGCCCUGUGCUGGUGCUGGAUGCCACCGCCCUCAAAGCCUGCAAGAUUUCACGCUUCGAGAAGCACCUGUACAACGCCGCUGCCUUCAAAGCCCGGACCAAGGCUCGCAGCCGCGUGCGGGACAAGCGGGCAGACAUCCUGUGACGGGGGACCAGCCGGGAAGACUGUGCCUGCCCUUGUCCAUGUUUUUAACAGAAGACAGUGCAACAGCUGGCCUCUGCCAGUAAUUGUCACUUUAUUUUUCUAAUGACAGAACCAAAAAUAGACAUAGGGUGGGCAGCUGAGAACCAGGACACUGGGGCCCUGGCCCUUUGCCCCUGCACUGUCUCAGGAGGCCUGUGCAGAAGGGGACUGUCCCUUUCCUUUCUCAAGCCUUGCUCCCCGAGGUGGCCCACUUCCUUAGGGGGGUGGCAGCGGGGAGGCAAGGCUAGCUGGACUGAAUCUGUAUGCUGUUUUUAAAGAUGAUUCAAGAUAAUUAAAAGAAUGCUCAGCUUC